UUUAUUAUGGAGGAAUAGAGGGAGGAGCCACCCAUUCGAAAAUGGUGAUUUUAAGAUCUGAUGGUAAAAUUAUGUCUUGGAGUGAAGAAGCCUGCACAAACCAAUGGUUGAUAGGUUUAGAAGAAUGUAAUAAAAGAAUCAAUAAUAUGGUAGAGGACUCAAAACAGAAAGCUGGUCUUGAUAAAACCAUCCCUUUAAAAGCUCUGGGAAUGUCAUUAAGUGGUAUUGAUGAAGAAGAAUCCAGAGUGAAUCUAGAAAAACACCUGAAGAAAACCUACCCUCAAGCUACAGAGAAUAUCUUUCUUGCUAAUGAUGCUGUUGGUUCUCUAGCUACAGCAAUUGAUGGCGGUGGAGUUGUGUUGAUAGCUGGUACUGGUUCGGUUGGUCAGCUAAUUAACCCUGACCUGUCAGAACAUAGAUGUGGGGGGUGGGGACACGCUAUAGGGGAUGAGGCUUCAGGAUAUUGGAUAGCCCAGAAAGCAAUAAAGAUAUAUUUUGAUCAUGUUGAUAAUUUAUUCUCUACACAAUAUGAUGUUAGUGUUGUAGAAAAGGCCAUGUUUAAAUACUUUAAGGUAACUGAUCAAGGUGGAAUGUUACAACAUUUUUAUAGUAAUUUUAAUAAAGCUCAUAUAGCAGGUUUCUGUAAGGAAAUAUCAUCAGAAACUAAAGACCCAUUAGUGUGUCAUGUAUUCAAAGAGGCUGGUAAACUCUUAGCUCAACAUGUUAUAGCUCUCGUACCAAAAAUGGACAAGAGUUUAAUCAAUGAAGAAGGAGGUAUAAGAAUAGUUUGUGUUGGUUCUGUGUUCAAAAGUUGGCCAUUACUUGAACUUGGUUUUGUAGAAAACUUAAAACAGAAUGGUAAACUAAUCGGAAUAAAAGAAGUCAUGUUAUUACGACUGAAAGCGUCUGCAGCCAUUGGUGCCGCUGUACUUGGUGCCAAAUCACUUAAAAGCAAAAUACCUCUUGACUAUUCUGCUAAUUAUGAUGUUUUAUUCCAUUCUUCCAUUUGA